AUGGAUGUUAGUUACAAUCAAUUCUCAGGACCUAUACCAUUAUUUCCUGCCAACGCUACUGAUAUUCUGUUGAGUGGAAAUAUGUUCUCCGGUUCAAUGUCAUCCAUUUGCCAAACUAUCCACAGUCAUCUUGAAUACAUUGACCUAUCAAACAAUCAGUUGGCGGGAAACGUUCCCAACUGCUGGAAGAAUAUACCCAACUUGCACUCCCUCAAUUUGGCUAACAACAAUUUUUCUGGUGAAAUUCCCGCCUCUCUGGGCGCUUUACAUAACCUUGGUGCACUACAAAUGCAUGGUAAUGAGUUAUGUGGUGAGUUGCCUUACAGUUUGAGACUGUGCCAAGCAUUGCAAAUGAUUGAUGUUGGAGGGAACAAUUUUACUAUCUUGGCUAGUAAGGAUUCCACAUUUUUUGAUCUAUUUCUGUUUGAUCCAAUAUACAUUAUCAACGAAAAGAAGCACAAUGGAUAUUCAUCAUUUCAAUGGAAAGGUAAGGAAUCUGAAUUUUGGGAUAAUCUCGCACUUCUCAAACUCAUUGAUUUUUCUAGCAAUAGAUUGACCGGAAACAUUCCCAAAUCAUUUUCCACUUUGAGAGGUUUAAUUUCCUUGAAUCUAUCAAGAAAUAGUCUGAAAGGAUAUAUAAUUCCGGAUAUCGGUAAUAUGGAGGUGAUAGAUUCUCUUGAUCUAUCUCAUAACCAACUCUACGGCAAGAUACCUACAAGUUUGGCCGAAAUACACAAUCUUGGCUUUCUUGAUUUGUCAAACAACAAUUUGUCUGGAAAAAUUCCUAGUACUCAACUUCAGAGCUUCAAUGCAUCGUCUUAUGCUGAGAACGAUGGACUUUGUGGCGACCCUCUGCCAAAGUGCCCUGGAGAUAGCUCGAGGCCAUCCACCCCUAAUCCGGAGGAAAACAUGAAUGAGAAAGACAGCAUCAACUUCUCAUUUAUGCAAGAAGUUGGCAUAUCAAUGGCCUUUGGUUUUAUCUUUGGAUUUUGGGGAGUUAUUGGUUCAUUCAUACUGAAGAAAUCAUGGCGAAUUGCAUGCUUCAACUUAUUCGAUGCUGCUGGACAUUCGUUCUACGUCAGGAUUGCUGUGUUUGUAUCCCAAUGGAGAUGA